AUGGCUUGUCAAAAAUUUCGUAUGGCUUUGUUACUGUGGGAAUUUAUUUACGUGAUAACAGCAUUUAACUUGGCAUAUCCCAGUACUCCUUGGAGAUUUAAGCUGUUUUGCAUGCCACCAAACACAACUUACGACUUUCUCUUGCCUGCUGGAAUCUCAAAGAACACUUCAAAUUUGGAUGGAUAUUAUGAGCCACUUUUAGAAGCUAAAUUUAAUUCAAGUGGUACCUACUAUUCUAAAUUAACAUCCAAAAUAACUUUCCACUGUUGCAUUUGGAGUGAGGAAAAUGAAAACUGCUCUGUACAGGCAGACAACAUUGAAGGGAAGGCAUUCGUUUCAACAGUAAAUUCUUUGGUUUUUCAACAAAUAGGUGCAAACUGGAACAUACAGUGCUGGAUGAAAGAGGACUUGGAAUCGCUCAUCUGUUAUAUAGAGCCAUUAUUUAAGAAUUCUUUCAAGAAUUAUGACCUUAAGGUCCAUCUUUUAUAUGUUCUGCCUGAAGUGUUAGAAGAAUCACCACUGGUCCCCCAGAAAGGCAAUUUCCAGCUUGUUCAGUGCAACUGCAGUGCUCACAAAUGUGAAUGCCAUGUUUCUGUGCCAGCAGCCAAACUCAACUGCACUCUCUCUAUGUAUUUAAAAAUCACAUCUGGGAGAGUGAUUUUUCAGUCUCCUUUAAUGUCAGUUCAACUCAUCACUAUCGUGAAGCCCGAUCCACCAUUAGGUUUACAUAUGGAAAUCACAGACAGUGGUGGUUUAAAUAUUUCUUGGUCCAGUUCAACAUUGGUACCAUUUCAACUUCAAUAUCAAGUGAAAUAUUCAGAGAAUUCUACAAGUAGGAGAGAAGCUGAUGAGAUCGUCUCAGCCACAUCAUUGCUAGUAGACGGUGUGCUUCCUGGGUCUUCGUAUGAGGUUCAGGUGAGGAGCAAGAGGCUGGAUGGCCCAGGCAUCUGGAGUGACUGGAGCACCCCUGUUAUUUUUACCACACAAGAUGUCAUAUACUUUCCACCUAAAAUUCUGACAAGUGUUGGGUCUAAUGUUUCUUUUAACUGCAUCUACAAAAAUGAAAACAAGAUUGUUUCCUCAAAAAAGAUUGUUUGGUGGAUGAAUUUAGCUGAGAAAAUUCCUGAAAGCCAGUAUAACAUUAUGGGGGACCAUGUUAGCAAAGUUACUCUUCCCAGUUUGAAUGCAACCAGACUGCGAGGAAAGUUCACCUACGAUGCCGUGUACUGCUGCAACGAGAAUGAGUGCCACCAUCGCUAUGCUGAACUGUAUGUGGUUGAUGUCAAUAUCAAUAUAAUAUGUGAAACUGAUGGGUACUUAACUAAAAUGACUUGCAGAUGGUCAACUAAUGCAAUCCAAUCACUCGCGGGGAGUACUUUGCAAUUGAUGUAUCAUAGGAGCAGCCUUUAUUGUUCUGAUGCUCCAUCUAUUCAUUCCACAUCUGAACCCAAAGAUUGCCAUUUGCAGAGAGAUGGUUUUUAUGAAUGCAUAUUUCAGCCAAUCUUUCUAUUAUCCGGCUACACAAUGUGGAUAAGAAUCAAUCACUCUCUGGGUAUACUGGAUUCUCCUCCAACGUGUGUUGUUCCUGAUUCCAUGGUAAAACCAUUGCCUCCAUUAAGUGUGAAAGCAGAAAUUACUGCUAAAGUUGGAUUGCUGAAAAUAUCUUGGAAAAAGCCAAUUUUUCCAGAGAAUAAUCUUCAGUUCCAGAUUCGUUAUGGCUUAAAUGGAAAAGAAAUACAGUGGAAGAUGUAUGAGGUAUAUGAUGCAAAAUCAAAAUCUGUCAGUCUCCCGGUGCCAGACCUGUGUGCGGUCUAUGCUGCUCAGGUGCGCUGUAAGAGGCUGGAUGGACUGGGAUAUUGGAGUAACUGGAGUACUCCAGCCUACACAGUGGUCAUGGAUGUAAAAGUUCCUACCAGAGGACCUGAAUUUUGGAGAAUAAUUCAUGAAGACAGCACAAAAAAGGAGAGAAAUGUCACUUUACUUUGGAAACCCCUGAUGAAAAAUGAUUCAUUGUGCCAUGUGAGAAGAUAUGUAGUAAAGCAUUACACUGCCGGCAAUGGAACAUGGUCAGAAGAUGUGGGCAAUCACACCAAAUUCACUUUCCAAUGGACAGAGCAAACACAUUCUGUGACAGUUCUGGCCAUCAAUUCGAUUGGCGCCUCUUUUGCAAAUUUUAAUUUAACGCUCUCAUGGCCCAUGAGCAAAGUAAACAUCGUGCAGUCACUCAAUGCUUAUCCUUUAAAUAGUAGUUGUGUGAUUCUUUCCUGGAUGCUAUCGCUUAGUGAUUAUAAUCUAAUAUAUUUUAUUCUUGAGUGGAAAAUUCUUAAUGAAAACAAUGAAAUUAAAUGGCGUAGAAUCCCUUCGUCUGUUACGAGGUAUUAUAUCCAUGAUCAUUUUAUCCCAAUUGAGAAGUAUCAAUUCAGUCUUUACCCAAUAUUUAUGGAAGGAGUGGGGAAACCGAAGAUAAUUAAUGGUUUUACCCAAGAUGAUAUUGAAAAACACCAGACUGAUGCAGGUCUAUAUGUAAUUGUGCCAAUAAUUAUUUCUUCAUUAACCUUGUUGCUUGGAGCAUUGCUAAUAUUACAUCAAAGAAUGAAGAAGCUGUUUUGGGAUGAUGUUCCAAACCCCAAAAAUUGUUCCUGGGCACAAGGACUUAAUUUUCAAAAGCCAGAAACGUUUGAGCAUCUUUUUAUCAAGCAUACAGAAUCUGUGACAUUUGGUCCUCUUCUUUUGGAGCCUGAAACCAUUUCAGAAGAUAUCAGUGUUGAUACACCAUGGGAAAAUAAAGAUGAGAAGGUGCAAACUGCUUUGGUUCCUCUACUUUUGACAACUGCAGAUCUUGAAAAGGGUUCCAUUUGUAUUAAUGACCAAUGCAAUAGUGCUAGCUUCUCUGAGGCGGAGAGCACCAAAAUGACCUGUGAGGGUGAAGGCAGGAGACAAUCCUCUGUUAAAUAUGCCACUCUGCUCUGCAACUCUAAGUCAAGUGCAACUGAUGAUGAGCAAGGGCUUAUCAAUAGCUCAGUCAGCAAAUGCUUCUCUAGCAAAAAUCCUCCAACAAAGGAUUCUUUAUCUACUAGCCCUUGGGAGAUAGAAACACAGGCAUUUUUUAUGUUAUCAGAUCAGCACCCCAAUAUAAUUUCACCACACCUUACCUUCUCCGAAGAAUUGGACAAACUUUUGAACCCUGAAGGAAAUUUCUCUGAAGAACAUAAUGAUGAAAAGUCUGUCUAUUAUUUAGGGGUCACCUCAAUGAAAAAAGAGAGUAGUGUGUUUCUGACAGAUGAGUCAGGGGUGUUGUGUCCAUUCCCAGCCCACUGUUUAUUCACUGACAUCAGAAUCCUCCAGGACAGCUGCUCACACCUGGUAGAAAACAAUUUCAACUUAGGAACUUCUGGUCAGAAGACUUUUGUGUCUUACAUGCCUCAGUUUCAGACUUGUUCCAUCGAGACUCAGAAAAUCGUGGAAAACAAGAUGUGUGACCUAACUGUCUAA